UUGCCGAUAAGGGAUUUGUCGAGGUGAACUGGUCUGUGUGCUGCGUUGUCCACCUACCUGCAUAGCAGUUACAUCUCUGAUACGACUGCCUACCUACUCUAGAGAUCUUGAAAGCCAGAGUUACGGGGUUAACAUACCAGUGGAAAUCCAUCCUUACCAGUGUUCUAGAACCAUGAGCAGUAACUACAGUGUGUCCCUGCUUGGCCCGGCCCCAUGGGGCUUCAGACUGCAGGGUGGAAAAGACUUCAACAUGCCACUCACCAUCUCCAGGCUCACGGACCUGGGAAAGGCAGCCAAGGCACGUAUCGCAGUGGGCGAUGUGGUCCUGUCUAUUGAUGGCAUCAGUACUGAUGGAAUGAACCACCUGGAAGCUCAGAACAAGAUCAAGGCCUGCGCUGGCAACCUCAACCUCACCCUGCAAAGAGCCUCCGCCGUCCCAAAGCCUCCCGUGGCCCCGAAGGUCGAGCCAUCAGAGAUCAUUAAGCCUGUGGCUAUUAUCAGCCACCACACCCACCCCCACCACCAUCCCACUGAGGCCACCAGUCUUAUCCCCAGCGCCCCACACAACAAAACUGCCAGGCCCUUUGGGAGCUGCGGGAGAGAGGACAGGGACUACCCCAUCGCACGCUCCCCCCAUUCCGCCUUCAUUCCCUCUGCAUCCUCUGCCUUCACCCCCGCCACCCUAGCCCACACUCCUCCUCCACCCCAGCCCCUCUUCCCUUUCACCUCCUGCUCCUCAUCCCCCUCCCUCCCUGCCGCACCCCAGCCCUCUGUCUAUAACACGCCCUUCAACCUCUACUCCAACGAGAACGCCUGCGAGGUGGCCAUGGGCCAGAGGCGGGGCCUAACGGAGAGCCAGGGAGGAGCUGUGCAGUUGAAUGGGGUUGCUAGGAAGCCCAUUCUGGAGACAGACAUUGAGUUCUACCACGUGCCUUCUCAUGGAGACGCCAGCAAGAAGCGCCUGAUGGAAGACACAGAGGACUGGCGUCCCCGCAGUGGCACCACCCAGUCCCGCUCCUUCCGAAUCCUGGCUCAGAUUACUGGCACUGAACACCAGCAAGCACAGGAGAGCGAUGCGGAGAACAAGACAAAUGAGGAGGUGGAGGAGCCAGACACCAGUUCUCACAUGUCGUCUGCAGUCAAGACCAUGACCAAAGGACCUGCUGGCAGCCCCAGCAACUCCAUCACCUUUACCACCACUCAGGGUUCAGGUUUCCCUAAACCAGGCCUUCAGACAUGUUUUGGGGUGAGGGGGAACGGCACCACCAAUGUUCUCCCUAAGGGCCCUGUCCCAGAGAGGCCGGCCCCCCAGCCCCAUCCCAAAGACCAGGACACUCUGGUGCAGAUGGCCGAACACAUUCCUGCAGGGACACGCACGCCCAUGUGUGGCCACUGCAACAUGGACAUCAGAGGCCCAUUCCUGGUGGCCAUGGGAAAGUCCUGGCACCCCGAGGAGUUUAACUGCGCCCACUGCCGGACCUCCCUGGCAGACAUUGGCUUCGUGGAGGAGCAAGGCUCGGUCUACUGUGAACACUGCUACGAGGACUUCUUCGCACCUUCCUGUAGCCGCUGCCAGAUGAAGAUCCUGGGGGAAGUGAUCAAUGCCCUGAAACAGACCUGGCACAUCCAUUGUUUCCUGUGUGCAUCGUGCCAGCAGCCCAUUAGGAACAACACCUUUCACCUGGAGGAUGGAGAGCCCUACUGUGAAAGAGACUAUUACUCCCUUUUUGGUACCGGUUGCCAUGGUUGCGAGUUCCCCAUAGAGGCAGGGGACAAGUUCUUGGAGGCUUUGGGCUUCACCUGGCAUGACACCUGUUUUGUGUGUGUGAUCUGCUGCACCACUCUGGAAGGUCAAGCCUUCUUCUCCAAAAUGGACAAACCUCUGUGCAGGAAACAUGCACAUAGUGUGGUGAAAAUCUGAACAAGGACAGGAGCAGAUGGCGAGAGGAGAGCUGGAGGAAGAAGGAGCAGAUGGCGAGAGGAGAGCUGGAGGAAGAAGGAGCAGAUGGCGAGAGGAGAGCUGGAGGAAGAAG